AUGGGUGGACCUUCACAUGCGGUGCCGGAAGAUAAUCCUCCGCCAGUUUCUUAUGCACCACCGCCACCGCCCGUGGGUUUUGAAAACCCAAUACCAACAUACCCAGCUUCAUCUGGGUAUAACCCAUUUGAAUAUCCAACUCAUACAGAUUAUGGAUAUCAAGCCCCUGCCCAAGAUCCAUAUCUUGAGGCAGCACAAUAUAAUGCACUUUAUCCUUCACCGUUUCCUCCAGCUUACCCAACUGGAUAUCCAGUGCAAGGGUAUCAAUACCCACCGUAUCAACAACCUCCUCCUCCUCAACAACUUCAAACUCGACAAAUUCUACAGAGGUUGGACCAGGUUGAGCAAAAAGCAGACGGAACCAAUAAGAAGCAUAACAAAUUUCUCAAGGGCCUUACGAACCUCAUAAAAAGUACUCAAAUCAUGGUUGGCUCUGACGAAGCAAACAGUCAUCCUGAAGAAGGAAACAAUAAUACCAGGAUAAAUAUUACUGGUGCUGAAUUACAAGUGAUGAUAACCGUAGCGGUUGCUCAAGCUGUGGAUAAUAAGUUUAAGGAGCUGAGUAAUGUUCGGUCCAAAACUCAUAUGAAGUCCCUAUCUCAUUCGCAUACACUAAAGAAGGAUGAGUCUCAACACUCAUCUAAUCAGAAAAGCUAA